AUGACAACGCCAGAAAUUGAUGUUAAUUAUCAAAAUGAUAAUGGAAUUGCUAGAAGCGAUUCAAUCGAUGAUAAAGAAUUUGAAAAGUCAUUACUACGAAAAAUGGAUUUUAGAAUUAUUCCUUUAUUAACUUUUUUAUAUCUUUUAAAGUUAAUAUUGGAAAUGCAUCUUGAAGAGGAUCUUGGAUUAGUUAACGAUCAAUAUAAUUGGUGUCUUAGUAUUUUUUUCGUAGGAUAUAUUUUUUUUGAAGUUCCUUCGAAUUUAACGCUUAUAAAAACAAGUCCAUCAAAGUGGAUUCCAUCCACGAUGAUAUUUUGGGGAAUUACAAUGUCACUCAUGGCACUCGUAAAAAAUUAUCAUGGGUUAUUGUUAGCAAGAUUUUUCUUGGGAGUUUUCGAGUCUGGAUUAUAUCCAGGUGUUAUUUUUUAUAUUACAAUGUGUGGUUUGUUAGCAUACGGUAUUGUAAGAUUAGACGGAAAAUUAAACCUAACAGGAUGGCAAUGGUUAUUCUUAAUCGAAGGAGUAAUUACAAUUGUAGUCGCUUUUUUUGCAUAUUUUUACAUUGCUGAUUAUCCUGAAAAAGCUAAAUGGCUUGACGAUAAAGAACGCAGAUUUGCUACCCAACGAUUAAUUCAAGAUGCCGGGAAAGCUCACAUAAUCCAUUUCGACAAAGUCCAGCUAUUCGAAGCGUUAAAAGAUUGGAAAGUUUACAUGUCUAUGAUACAGCUUUGUGGGCUUUCAACAUCACUUUAUUCUUUUUCAUUUUUUCUUCCGUCUAUCGUAAAGGGAUUGGGAUUUGAUUUCGUCAUAUCACAGUUAUUAUCGGUACCACCAUUUUUAUGUGGGUCUUUGUCAACAUUAUUUGUAGCCAUACUUUCGGAUCGUAAACGUACUCGUGCUCCAUUUAUUGUUAUAUUAUCACUUAUUGGGAUAGUUGGUUAUAUUUUAUUAAGUGUACCUUCAUUUGGUAUUGCUGCAAAAUACAUUGGAGCUUGCGUUGUUGGAAUUGGUGCGGGUCCGAGUCUUGUAACUACAAUUACAUGGCUAACAAAUAACGUGGCGGGUAACGGGAAAAGAAGUGUGGCGACGGCAAUGUUGAUAGCAUUUGGGAAUGUAGGGGGGAUAAUAGGAUCACAGAUCUAUCGACCAAACGAUGCUCCACUUUAUUUAAUUGGUCAUUUAAAGUCUGCGAUAUUCUUAAUUGUCUUAAUUUGUUUUACCAUUGUACAAUAUUAUUAUUUAAAAAAACUUAACAAGAAAAAGCAGGUGGAUCCGCAAUCUUUCUUGGAAGGAAAAAGUGAAAAAGAAAUUGGGGAUAUGGGUGAUAAACACCCAGAUUUUAUUUAUAUUUUGUAA